AUGGAACAGAAGAUGGGAAAUAUCAGUGGGACAGAAUUCAUUACAAAGAAUGCCGCACACCAUGGUAUCUGCUGCACCUGCGUCGGGAGCAGAGAAUUCCAGGCAAGCACACGUCACAGGCGCAAGUCUGUGUACAGGUAUUUGGAAACUGGAAUCGUGAUCCAGGCGAAGGAUGUGGUUUCGAUCAAAUACAGUCCGAUUUUGACUACUACAUGGUUUGAGGCCUCAAGACCUCAUCGAUCAUCUUCAAUAAGGGCUGAAAAUUCGGUCGACUGGUGCCGGUGGAGGCAUAUUGAACCUUAUAGAUCUACGCUCUUAGGCUGUGACCCAAUUAAUUUCCCUCCGAUCCUCGAGGUGGGGCCUGCGAAAGCAAUCGAUAAUAUUCCGCAGGCCAUCAGCUUCUUCCAUGAGGCAAGAUAUAUCACUUGGGCGCCUUUGCUUGCGCAUUACAUGGCGUCUAGAAGAAGGGCGCCUCAAGAUUUUGCGCCGCUAGGGGUAUUCAAUCAUGGAUAUUCGAAAUGUACUCCCUGUCGUUAUGCCAUUGCAAGAACUUCGUAUGAUGCAUCGAUAGUUGACCGUCAGAAGUCCCGCAAUGCGCCUAAUAGUCAGUCAUCGGACAUUCACAUUGAAAUCGAUGCGGCCUCGCUUUGA